GGCUUCCACCCUCAUCUGCCCGGUUUCAGACAUCAGUUCCUUGCGAAGGCUCUCGGAGCCACGAUGUGGUUCUUCAUCUUCUACAGAGCGAGGUGCGACGGUGCUAAACUAUUGAUGCUAAGCCAUCCUUGGGAGACUCACGGACACGGUGCUGGACUGGGACCGACUGAGGAGGAGAUCGGGGACAAGCCCUAG